CGCUCCAACCGCGGGCGCUUGCUUCCUUACUCUCAACCUGUUCCAGGGACCCUCCCUGGUGAUCCACUACCAGUCGGGUGUCAGGGUAAGGUCCCUGGCCUGGGCCACUUCCUCCCCGGACCCGUCUUUGGUUCUCAGCCAGCAGUUUGGGUGCGGGGCGGGGCGCGUCGCGGAGGCCUAGGCGGCUCGCUAUUCCUGUCGCUGUGAGCUACCGGCAUGUUAUGUGCAGCGCCCAAUCAAGUCUCCAACGCUCUGUACUGACCUGCGCUCCCGCCCCCCCGUUUCUAAUCCCCCUAGCUUUGAUUUGAUCCUCUGAGGAACAAGAUUAUCCCUCCUGCUCCAUAGUCACUUGUCCCUGACCCUCACGGGUGCUUCCAGAACCCGUCCUCCUCGUCCACUCCCAGAAGAGCAGAGCCCUCUCCCCGCACUCCUGACGUCUGGACUCAGGGCCGCAUCUGCACGUUUGCUCCGUCGGAGAUACAGCAGCCACGCUGUGCACCGGCAGCUCGGGCCUUCCAGGUGAUGGUGCGCGGCCACCGCCGCCCCUGGCGCGUAGGUGUGGGCUCCCCAAACUGGGCCGGGGAGGGGGCUUUGGACAACGUGCUGGCGGCUUCUGCAGCGGCUGAAACGAAGCCCCGCUACUCCCAGACCACUCCACAUUCCGCAUCCUCUGCUACCAGGGGCUUUUGGCAACCUUUCCCAGACCGGAUUUUCUGUGAGAGGGGGACGGUGCGACUGGUGGACCUAGGUGAAGGCGCCCCGGGCUUUAAAUUGAGCAGGCAAAAAUGGGGCUCUACUAGGGGCUCUGCAGCUCGCGCAAAGGUCUUGGAGGUUCCGUGUCCCGGGGAUGCCUCCGUCUGCGCCCCGCUGGAUCCAUUCCCCGCCUGGCCUCUUCCCGCCCAGGGCAUCAUGAGUUACUUCUUGUCUUACUGCAAAGCUCACAGCGGUGCGCUGCUCACCAGCUACCAGACCCUGCGGGCAGAGGGCUUCUUGUGCGACGUGACGCUGGAAGCGGAAGGCAGCGAGUUCCCGGCUCACAAGUCGCUCCUGGCAUGCUCCAGCGACUACUUCAGAGCCUUGUUCAAGAGUCACACCCAGGAAUCCCGGGCGCGAGUGAUCCACCUGCAUGUGCCUUCGGCGGCCGGGCUGCAGCGCCUGUUGGAUUUCAUUUACACCGCCUGGCUGCCGCUCUCCAUGGACACCAUGGAGGACACUCUAGAGGCCGCUAGCUAUCUGCAGGUCACCGAUGCCCUGGUUCUGUGUGGCCGCUACCUGGAGAGCCAACUGGCCCUAGAAAAUUGCUGUUUCGCCGCCAAUGUGGCAGCACGUUUUGGCCUGGUGCACACACUGGGCGAGGCGGAGCGCUGCGUGGUGCACCACCUGCGGGAUCUACUGUGGUUGGGUGCAGGCCCCGCGGGGCUGCUGGAACUCAAUCCCGUGUCCCUGAGGGCCGUGCUGAGUGCCCCUGAUGUGGCGCGGGUGCCUGAGGCUCGGUUGCUGGGCCUGGCGUUGGCCUGGCUGCAGCAGGAACCCACAGCCCAACGCCAGGAGCACAGCUCAGCGCUGCUAGAAUGUAUUCGCUUUGGCCUGGUGCCCGCCGAGGUGCUUAGGCGUGUGUACUCCGGCUCUGGCCUUGUACUGCCCCCCCGGGUCAAGGGCCUCAUCAUCCAGGCCCUCAACUACCACACGGCUCCCUCCCGCCAGCCGCUUGUGCAGGGUGAACAAACCAGCAUCCGGAGUCCCCAGACCCGCAUCUUGCUGGUUGGGGGACGAAGGGCCCGAGAAGCCGUAACUGAAGAGGUCCUGGCUCCUCUCGUGGUAGCCAGGGACAGGGGCGCCAUGGCUGAGCCGAUGGAAGAGGAAGAAGAGGAAGAGGUAGAAGUGGAGGAAGAAAAGGAGUGGGAACUCACCCAGGAUGUGGUGGCCUUCGAUGUAUACAAUCACCGUUGGCACAGCCUUACACAGCUGCCGGCACCGCUGUUGGGACACAGUGUGUGUACUGUGGGCAAUUUCUUGUUUGUGCUGGGAGGGGAGAGGCCUUUGGGCAUCGCCACCACUCCCCCAGCCGAUGAGCGGGGCAUGGUGACAGCUCAAGUGCACCGUUAUGACCCACGUUUCCACGCUUGGACAGCAGUGCCUGCCAUGAGAGAAGCGCGGGCCUACUUCUGGUGCGGUGUGGUGGGCGAGAAUCUACUAGCUGUAGGGGGCCUGGGCUCCGGCGGCAAGGCACUGGCCUCUGUGGAAAUGUAUGACCUGCGCAGGGACCGUUGGACCGUAGCCACAGAGCUGCCCAGGGCCUUGCAUGGCCACGCUGGUGCCAUUGGGGACCGGAAUGUUGUGUACAUCUCUGGGGGCAAAGCGGGGAGUGGGGAGGGUGGAGCAAGUAGCCUCCGCGAUUUGUAUGCCCUGAGACCUGGGGAGCAGGCGUGGAGCAAGAAGGCACCUAUGGGCACAGCCCGCUUUGGGCACCACCUCGCAGCGCUGCGGGGAGCAGUGUUUGCUUUUCUGGGAAGAUAUGAACCCUUCUCUGAGAUUGAGCGCUAUGACCCUGGUACAGACCAGUGGACUCGGUUGCGGCCACUACCCUAUGACCGCUUCUGCUAUGGGCUGGCCGUGGUGGAGGAGACAGUGCUGCUGCUGGGCGGCCUCAAGUGGCAGGACUCACACCAGGUACCCACCCGUAACGUGGUGGGCUAUGACCUCGACCUGGACUGCUGGGAGGACAUAAGCUGUGCUCUGCCCUGGGCCUGGGAAGGUCUGCAGUGCGCUGUGCUGCAGCUGCCUGAGAGUGAGGAGAAAAAGGAGGAAGAGCCUGGAAAAGUGUUAGAGUUGGUUUUAGGUUGAGUGGGUUAGUCCAGUCUCUGGAGGACAGAGAAAGUCCUGCCUGACUUGGCUUAGAGAGCAACGGAUGGCUUUUUCUAAGUGUGGGAUUCUGGUAGCAGAAUGGCUGCUAGAGGCUCAAGAGGCAAACAAGGCCUUGGCCAAAGAGAAACAGCUCCCCUUGAGCUGAGAAAGGGAGACAGGAGAGGUCAAAAGGAUUUAUGAGUCAGCUUCAGCAAGCUAGUGGUUUUUAGAGACUCGUGCUGGGCUAGACACUCAACUUUCAGAAAUAAUGUGACCUUAUUUCCCCUCUUAAGAAAUGUUUCUCUAGGUGCCUUCUCUAGGAGGCCACUUUUGUGCUCCUCCCAAAAGGUCCCUGAAAUGUAAAAGUCUUCAUUAAAACUUAUAAAUUUACUGUUUUUAGCCUGUAAUAAAUAGUACAAGAAGAUGGCAGUGUCCAAAUAGAGACGGUUAAGUGCCUUGGUUAAAUAGUAUGGAAUAUUUGUAAAAAUGAUUUUAUGAUCCAGAGACAGAUUUAGUAAUAUGGAACUAAAGAAAAAAAAUUCUUAUGAAAGCAUUCUUUGAGAAAAUGCCCUGGGUUACAUUUUUCUGUCUCUGGCCCCCACUACUAGCCUGCUUCUUUGCUGGUUUUAGGAAAAUCUGAUUUAAAGUUGUAUUUUAAAAAUAGCUUAUUUUUGGUAGCCCCCCCACUUUCCCAAAGGAAUCAGAGAGAGGAAAGAGGAAAUGAAGUUUCAAGUAUGUGUCAUGUAUGUGAGAAAUAAGCUUGCUUUUCAAGGUGUCAGAGAAGAUACUGUAACCUCUGAACAGGUGCAUCACCUGUUUAAGGUGAACUUGAUCCACCAGUGAGGUGGCAAUGUUAGAACUCUUAACUGGAGUGAUGGCAGUGUGAUUAGAUCACAAAGAAAUGUGGUAAGGACUUUGCGUGAAUAAAGUAGGUGCUUUAUAAGGAUUCAUUAAGAGCUGAAUUUAUUUGACUUCAGUUUACAGUGCUGCCUCUCUCCUAGAUUUGAAACUAAUGCAAUAAAUUGUACAGAUAUAUAGUGUUAAAAGAUCUCUUUCAUGCUAGGCUAGCCACAAGUCUUGUCAAAUUCAUUAUUUUAAUUUUUACCAUUGAAAACAACAGAGCUCACUUUACAAAAGUAGAAGCUGCUGAGUAGCAACAGAGCUAGUCUUCCCAUCAAAAUGCCUGCUGUUCCCAGGCUACAACCUGGCUAUUAAUAUACAUGACACAUCCAUCAGGUACAAAUAUUUUUAAGAGAACAUACACAUUUGAUCUAGUAAACAUCAAUAAGUCUAAACACCUGUAACAAGCACACUUCAAAUUAGGACAAGAGGUUUUUGUUUUGUUUAGCUUUACAUAUACAAAAAUCCCACAAAUUUAAUGUGCGUUAAUAUCCAUGCAGUAAAUAAAUGUUUUUACAAAUAGGUUUUUUUAAAUGAUAAAAAUAUUACACUGGACCCAAAAUUCCAUACAAACAUUAAUACAUGAUUUCUCAUCCAUUUUGACUAAAUAGAGGAUUACUGAAAAUGUGCUGUAGAAAGGCCACUCCUGUACAGUUGUGCAAAGUCUGCAAAACGAUAGUGAUUCAAUGGUGGUUUCAAAAGCAAAGAAAAAGAUCACCGCUGUGGAGUUUUACUUUCUCCUCUACAGCAAAAAUGUUCACUGGCAUAUAUCUGAACUCUUAAAGAUGUAAGUACAUUCACUGAGCUGUACAGGCAACAGUAUAAAGCUGAUUAGAAGAUUUUAGGAUAUAGAAUAGUAAAGGAGGUUUCCUUCCUCCUCCUGAAAAAACAGCAAAUUGUGACUUGUACAUUAUGCAGCCAGACACUAAAAAGCAGCACAGUCAUUUUCAUGCUGUGAUCACUUUCAAAAAACGAGACGCUUAUAAAUGGAAAUAUAUGAAGAGUACUUUUCAUAGACUUCGUCCACUC